UUAUGUUUUGGAAUAUUUGUCAGUUCUUAUGUGUUGAUUAUAUUUUUAAAUAAUAAGUAAAAGUGUUUUGUUCUCGUUUUGUUUUUUUUUCUAAGAAUAUUUUAAAUAUGUUGUAUUUUUUGAAAAGUGUGAAUAGUGAUACAGCUUUCUAUCUUGUAAACAAAAAUGAAUUCAAUGUUGGGCGAAGAGAUUGCGAUUUUUUAAUAGAAAAGGAUGCUUCCGUUAGUAGAAAACAUGCUGAACUUCGAAUUAAAGAAACAAAACGAGAUGAGAUAGUUACUUUAAAAGAUUUAGGAUCUAAAUAUAAGACACUUCACAAUGGAAAGGAAGUUACUCCCAAUAUUGAAAUACAGAUAAAAUGCGAUGAUAAAAUCCAAUUCGGAGGACUCUCCAGUAUAUUUAUUCUGAAGCAAGAAAAAUUUGUUACGACAGCUACAAAGUUAUCAUCCAAACAAAAAAAUGCAUUAAACAAACAACUUGUUUUGCUUAAAGGCAAAUAUGUGGAUAACUGGAAUUCGGAAUGUACCCAUCUUACAUUAGAAACGAUAAAUUUGACAGUAAAAGUUUUACAAGCUCUACUGGAUAAUAAGCCCAUAGUAUUGCCUAGCUUUUGGGCAAAAUAUGCUGAAAACAUAACAAAAAGUUUGCUUCCUCCAGAUAUUAACGAAUAUAAUAAUCCACCAGUAGGCGAAGCUUUAUUGAACAAAGUUGAAAUAAGGAAAGAUAUAUGUAGGAAGGAAUUAUUCAGAAACAAAACUUUUCUAUUCUUUACAGAAAAGGAGAAGAAACAGGUGGAUCAACUGAUAGUAAGAGCAGGUGGAACCGCUAUUUCUUGGGAGAACAAUCCUAUUGAUCUAAAAAAUAUUACUGAGUCAACGCAAGAAUUUCUGUUAAUGCAAACUACUCAGUUGAUCGAUGAUAAAACGUAUGAUGAGAUCGUCAAACAUUUUUCCAAACAAAGUAUGCGUACCAUUCCAUUUCAAGAAAUAGCCAUGGCUAUAAUACAUGGAUCUUGUUCGAAAGACUGUAAUCCUCUCUUCAACCGAGCCAGCGAGGUAUUUCACACUAAAAAUGCCGGAUUGCCAACACAAAAUGUACCUCUUGUGGAAAACACUCAAACUCAGACAGAAAAGUCAAAUUCGCUCAAUGAAUGCAAACCAAAAAUUAUUCAUCAAACUGUUCCCGAAAGUCUAGAUAAUGAAGUACCUCCUAUAAAAAAGCGAAAACCCAAAAAUAUUCGAGAAGAGAUUGAAAGUAUACAACUUGACGAUGAUAAUCCAUUUAAACGAAUAAAAUUACAGGAUUCUUCAGAAGUUGAGGAGGAAAAUAUAGAAAAUCGAUCCCCAUGCAAAGAAACUAAAGUGAUUAUUAAUGAUAAUUCCCAAGCUAGCACUUCAAAAAGGACUGUAGAUGUAAAUGUUGAUGAUGAGAACCCUUUUUCUUCUAAAAGUAUGAAAUUAAACUCAGAUUGGUGUUCAAGUUCUAGGGUUACAGAACAAAAGAAUUCAUCAAACGAAACACAUCAAGGAAAUAAUAAAAUUGAACAGAAUUCGGUUUCGCAAUCACAUAAAAGAAAAGCUGAUUCACCAAAAGAAUUCGAUUCAAACAUCCAAAAUAUGUUUAAGCAACGUAGAACUGAAAAAACUAUUAAUGAAACAUACGAUUCUACACAUAUGCAAAGCAGUGGUACAGGAAUAUCGGCAGAUAAUCCUUUUGCGCAGAAUACAUCCAACAUAUUUAGCAGUACACAAAUUAACGAAAGAACAGUAAAUCAGACUGUAAACUACACAAAAUCAACUAGUAGUAAUUUAAAUGGUAACUGGAUUUCUAAAAAUUCACCAGUUAAUGUCGACUAUGAAAUGGAGGAAAAGAUUUAUGAUGAUAUGAAUGAAGCUCGUAAAAAACUUAUAGAUUCAUUUAAAAAUAAAUUAAUCGUCGAGAUCAUGUCGCAACUUGCUAUCAGAUCUAGAUGCUCUAGGGACGAAACAGAUUAUGCUCCGUCAAAUGGAAAAAAUUUUAAGAGGUUUAAAAAGGUAAAACCUCUUCAUCCUCAAACACUGGUGAUCUCAAAAGACUCGUUUGUGGUACAAGGGGUUGGAGAAGUAACAGGUAUCAAUGAUACCAGAAGAAUACUAAAUGAUUCAGAUGAUGAAACUACUAACAAGAAGAAAAAUAAAAAGAAAUUGAGAUCGUUCGAUAUUUAAAAUGUUUUGUUAAUUAAUGGCUUAUUACAGUGAAAUUUUUUAGCUGGCUAUAAAACAAUAUAAAUGCGUUAUUUUGUUCUAAAGUAAAUUAUUAAGUUCAGUGCAGUAUUUUAUUUCUUUACCUGAUUCAUGUAUACAGCUAAAAUUUUUAAGAUGGAUUAAGGCGGGAGUUGAAAAGUGACCAAAUCACAACUGAGAACCGUUACAUAUCUUAGAAACCAAC